CCUUUUUUCCUUCCUUAUUUCAGGUGUUCAAAUUUUUAACAAAACAGUUGAAUUUAAAGUUUGUUUAUGACGGUUUUUGACACUCUGAUGGUGCAUUUAAGACUGGAAAACUGGACAUUUCACAGGAAUCAAAUCAAGCAAACAAUUCUGCUUUACAUGACAAAAUGGCAUUUUUUAAGAGCUUCCAGCAAAGUCUCCCCUCAGUGUCUGCCAUGUUGGAAUCGGUGACAGAAAAAGUUGACGAUUUGGCUUUUGCUCUGAGCGACGUUACAUACACGGUGACUGGAGAACUCGCAGAGCAUGUCAACACUAUCAUUCACAAGGUGCAAGCUGAGGAGCUAAAGAGGAUUCGUAAGAAAGAGGCUGAGGAGAAGGAGGCUGCGGCACGACAGGUCCAAGAGAGAAGAGACACUUUUCUGGAUCGGGCUAAAAUCCAGACCCAGGCUGCAUCGGGCCUAGUGGAGGAUCCUGAGCCUCAGAUUGCAAAAAACGACAACUGUUCAGUGCUGUCAAUUGAGACCUUAUCUUCAGAAAGUGACCUCUCACAGACUCCUGACAUGCUGAUAGAAAAGUUCAAGGCACAAAAUAGUGCUGAUGCACUCUCUGUAUGCCAACAAAACGGAUCUUGCAUUAAAGAAACUUCAGAGUCCACCAAAGCAAAACCAUCUAGCCCAGCAGAUGGUAAUGAGAAGAAGAAAUCUAGCAGUAGAGAUGCUGAAGAAAAGAGUUACGUGAAUGCGGACUAUCACUGCUCGUCGUCAGACAGUGAUGAUGAGGUGAUCGGUCAGUACCAGGAGGCCGUGUCCAGGUCGCAGGGUCUCCGGGGAGGUGCAGCUAGGACAAACUCGCGUCACCAGAAGGGCUAUGGAUGGGACACACGGCAGAAAUACUCCCCUCUAGCGGCUGAAUAUGACGGCUACAGCAGCGAAGCCUCCGCAGAUGAUGUGAACUGCAUCCAGCGGAUGAGACGGACUCCACCAUUGGACGAGCUGCAGCCUCCGCCCUAUCAGGAUGAGGACGGGUCACCGCGCAUGUCAUGCACACCCUCUGACCUGGGCGAUGCCAAAUGUGACCUUUCACAUGGGAGCGAUAGCCCCAGACACAGCUACGGGAAAUGUCCGAGCGAGCUCAGUGGAGCCCAGGAGACAGAGAGCUUCCUGAACAAGGGCUAUGAAGAAGAUGUGCCAAGUGACAGCACUGCUGUACUCAGCCCAGAGGAUCUGUCUGCACGUGGAUCUGCAGCUCAGCUUCCUAAAGGCUAUGACCCAGAGCCUCUUGCCCAAUAUGGGACACUUGACGUCGUGUUUGACUACGAUUCAUCUGACCAGCGUUUGUCCAUCUCCAUAACAGCGCUGACAGAUAUUCCUUCUCUCAAACGCACGGGGAACAUCUCCUGGCAGGUCCAUCUGGUGCUGCUGCCCACCAAAAAGCAAAGGGCCAAGACCAUCAUCCAGCGUGGCCCCUGUCCCGUCUUCACUGAGACCUUUCACUUCAGCCAUAUCGAGUCGGAGAUGAUCGGGAACUACGCCAUUCGCUUUCGGCUUUACAGCGUGCGCAGGAUGAAGAAGGAGAAAGCUCUCGGAGAGAAGGUGUUCUACCUCACCAAACUCAACCUGCAGGGCAAGAUGUCGGUGCCCAUCAUACUGGACCCCUACUGCAACAUACCUGGCAGUGACUCUCAGGCAAGCAUGUCAGACGUGUCGUGCAGUGAAACGGCCUCAUCGUACCCGUCUGCGGCUCAAGGUUCUGCUCCAGAGAUCCUGCUGGGUCUUGUGUACAACGCCACAACAGGACGCCUCUCUGUGGAGGUCAUCAAAGGAAGCCACUUUAAAAACCUGGCUGCAAAUAAACCUCCCAAUGGUUUGUUCUGUUGUCUAAAGCACUUGAUAGGUGGCCAAGUGUACAUAAUCCGAGAUACGUAUGUGAAGCUGACUCUGCUCAACUCAAUGGGUCAGGAGAUGUCCAAGUGUAAGACGUCUGUUUGCCGAGGCCAACCCAAUCCCACCUACAAGGAGACUUUUGUUUUCCAGGUAGCUCUGUUUCAGCUCUCCGACGUCACGCUCAUCCUGUCCGUCUACAACAAGCGCAGCAUGAAACGCAAAGAGAUGAUUGGCUGGAUCUCUCUGGGCCUCAACAGCUCUGGAGAAGAAGAAUUAACUCACUGGACUGAGAUGAAGGAGUCAAAGGGACAGCAGGUGUGUCGAUGGCACAGUCUCCUGGAGUCCUAGAGCAUCAGUAAGCCACAGUGAUGAUGAGGACGAGGAUGAAGAUGAUGAUGAUGUGUGUAAUGGGAUGGGGAGCAGAGAGCAGGUCAGGCCCUCGAAUGACCCCCCAAAAGACAGGGCUGGCCCACGCUGCAGUGUAUUAAGAAGAACACAAGUAGAUCUGGGGAUGAUGUCCGCUCUUCUUCCCAGUGCAUUAUGGGAAAUGAGCUAGAGAAAAUGGUAAGAACAGGGUUAGAUGUGACCAGAUUAAUGGAGGAAACAUGUUUGUUUGUUUUUUAAAUAGAUAUUCAUUUGUA